UUUUUUUUCCCCCCCUUUUUAUCUCCAGUAGCGAUCUCUGGGGCUGAGGUUUCCGCAGAAAGUUUGGGGGCUGUUACGGUGUAUAUUUUUGCGGAGGGGGAGGGGAGCGGGCUCCUUCUGUGUGUGCUGCUCCUCUGGGUGCCUAUUGGAGAAUAAUAGUGUAAGUGACAACCUAGAAGUAGACUUUCUGCUCUUCACACUGGAUAGAAAAGCUGCCUUUUUUUUUUUCUUUGCCUUUUUUUUUUUUUUUUUAAAUAACCCCCUUUCUCACUUGAUCCUUUAUGCAUUGGUUUUAUUUUUUAAAAGAUAGCUAGACUUAAAUCACCCUCCACCUUAAUUUAAACCUGCUACUUAUUUUUUAAUUAUUAUUAGUAGUAUUAAUUCCUCGUUUUGAGCGUUACACUUGUCUGAUCAAUUUGAUCCGCAGCUCUGUCUUCCGUUGCUCAACCUCGAAAACUGGCUCUCUUAAAAGAUAUUUAAUCUCUAUUUUUUUGUCCAUUGCCAUUUUUGCUCAUGGCUACUCUGUUUCUCGCUAUCUGUUUUUGCCCCUCCCCGCCUAGAGGAAAAUAGCAACAAGAAAAAAAAAAAAAAGAAAAAAAAGAAAAAAAUAAGAGAAUAUUAGGGGAAGUAGUCCUCAGGUCUGCUGCCCCCCCCCCCGCCCCCCCUUCAGAAAGGGGGGGACCUAAAAACAUCAGUCUUGAACUUCUUCCUCUUCAAGAGCUCGGGCUGCAAAGGAAACCUCCUUUGUUUUUGUUAUUUAUAUGCUGUCAAGUUUUGAAGUGGUCACAGGGAAAGCUUGGCCUGGAUUGUGAGAGCCAUAUGGAACGGAUAAGUGCGGAGCCUCUCUCAAAUGUGAUCUUUAGAGGCGGGACUGAGUAUGGAUCAUUUGAACGAGGCAACUCAGGGGAAAGAACAUUCAGAAAUGUCUAACAAUGUAAGCGAUCCGAAGGGUCCACCAGCCAAAAUUGCGCGCUUGGAACAGAAUGGGAGCCCAUUAGGAAGAGGAAGACUUGGAAGUACAGGAACUAAAAUGCAAGGAGUGCCUUUAAAACACUCUGGACACCUGAUGAAAACUAAUAUUAGAAAAGGAAGUAUGCUUCCAGUUUUCUGUGUAGUGGAACAUUAUGAAAAUGCCAUUGAGUAUGAUUCUAAGGAGGAGCAUGCAGAAUUUGUGUUGGUGAGGAAGGAUAUGCUUUUCAACCAGCUGAUUGAAAUGGCAUUGCUAUCUCUUGGAUAUUCUCACAGCUCUGCUGCCCAAGCAAAAGGGCUUAUCCAGGUUGGGAAGUGGAAUCCAGUUCCACUCUCCUAUGUGACAGAUGCCCCCGAUGCUACAGUAGCAGACAUGCUGCAAGACGUGUAUCAUGUGGUCACACUGAAAAUCCAGUUACACAGUUGCCCUAAACUAGAAGACUUGCCUCCUGAACAAUGGUCUCACACAACAGUAAGAAAUGCUCUGAAGGACUUACUGAAGGAUAUGAACCAGAGUUCAUUGGCCAAGGAAUGUCCCCUUUCGCAGAGUAUGAUUUCUUCCAUUGUGAACAGCACUUACUAUGCAAAUGUCUCAGCAGCAAAAUGUCAGGAAUUUGGAAGGUGGUAUAAACAUUUCAAGAAGGCAAAAGAUAUGAUGGUUGAGAUGGAUAGCCUUUCUGAACUAUCCCAGCAAGGUGCCAACCAUGUCAACUUCGGUCAGCAGCCAGUCCCAGGGAACACAGCCGAACAGCCUCCAUCUCCUGUUCAGCUUUCUCAUGGUAGUCAACCAUCAGUUCGGACCCCGCUUCCAAACCUGCACCCUGGACUUGUAUCUACUCCCAUUAGCCCUCAGCUGGUAAAUCAGCAGCUGGUAAUGGCCCAGUUGCUGAACCAGCAGUAUGCAGUGAACAGACUUCUAGCCCAGCAGUCCUUAAACCAACAGUACUUGAACCACCCUCCUCCUGUCAGUAGAUCCAUGAACAAGCCGUUGGAGCAGCAGGUCUCAACGAACACAGAGGUGUCUUCCGAAAUCUACCAGUGGGUCCGUGAUGAAUUGAAACGAGCAGGAAUCUCACAGGCAGUAUUUGCACGUGUGGCUUUUAACCGAACUCAGGGCUUGCUCUCAGAAAUCCUCCGAAAAGAAGAGGAUCCCAAGACUGCCUCGCAGUCCUUGCUGGUAAACCUUCGGGCUAUGCAGAACUUCUUGCAGCUGCCAGAAGCAGAACGAGAUCGAAUUUACCAGGACGAAAGGGAAAGGAGCUUGAACGCAGCCUCUGCGAUGGGCCCGGCGCCUCUCAUAAGCACACCGCCCAGCCGGCCUCCACAAGUCAAAACUGCUACUAUUGCUACAGAGAGGAAUGGAAAACCAGAAAACAAUUCCAUGAACAUUAAUGCUUCCAUUUAUGAUGAGAUUCAGCAGGAAAUGAAGAGAGCUAAGGUGUCCCAAGCACUGUUUGCGAAGGUUGCGGCAACCAAAAGCCAGGGGUGGCUCUGUGAGCUGUUACGUUGGAAAGAAGAUCCAUCACCAGAGAACAGGACCCUCUGGGAGAAUCUCUCCAUGAUCCGAAGGUUCCUCAGUCUUCCUCAGCCUGAACGCGAUGCCAUUUAUGAACAAGAAAGCAAUGCAGUUCAUCACCAUGGUGACAGGCCUUCCCACAUUAUCCAUGUGCCAGCAGAACAGAUUCAGAGCCCCUCUCCCACCACCCUUGGGAAAGGAGAGCAUAGAGGCGCUUUCCUACCAGGCCUGCUGACCGCUGGACCUUGGCUGGGUGCUGCUCCGCAGCAGCAACAGCAGCAACAGCAACAACAACAGCAGCAACAGCAACAACAACCAGGUCCCAGACUACCCCCAAGGCAACCGACAGUAGCAUCACCAGCUGAAUCUGAGGAUGAAAAUCGUCAGAAACCCCGACCACGAACAAAGAUUUCUGUUGAGGCCCUAGGGAUCCUACAGAGUUUCAUACAAGAUGUAGGCCUGUAUCCAGAUGAAGAAGCAAUCCAGACUCUCUCCGCUCAGCUUGACCUGCCCAAGUACACCAUUAUCAAGUUCUUUCAGAACCAGCGAUAUUAUCUCAAGCACCAUGGGAAACUGAAGGACAAUUCUGGUUUGGAGGUGGAUGUUGCAGAAUACAAGGAAGAAGAGCUCCUCAAGGAUUUAGAAGACAGCAUCCAAGACAAAAAUGCAAACACGCUUUUUUCAGUUAAACUAGAAGAAGAGUUAUCAGUAGAAGGGAACACAGAGAUUAAUGCUGAAUUGAAAGACUGAUCUAAAAGUAUUAUUUUCUUUCAACAGUGCCGCUGGUAUUUACUAAUGAAAUGAAAAUUCCAUCUUGCGUUCUGUCAAAAACCCUUAUUAUUCAUUGUUUGGCCAAUGAAUCUUCCAAAACUUGCACAAAAGUUGAAAAAAAGGAUAAUGCAGACUGCACUAGAUGUUUUACUCUGUUUUACAAACUGCUUCGCAGCAACAGAUGAAGCGUUGAGGAUUGUUUGAUAUUAAUUUGUGUUCACUGGAUACACUGUGAGUGUACCCAAUAAGCAUGAUACCAGUGAUUUUGAUUCUGGAGCCUUCAGACAAGCAUUACAACUUUUGUGAUUUACUGUUUUUUCGUUUCUGUUUUGUUCUUGUUUUUUAAUUAUUACUGUAGCACUCCACACUUGAUCUUUGAAAAAUCACAUUUAUUUAAAAAAAUAAAAUAAAAAGAGUUUGUUACUCUUGUUCUAUUGUAUGUUACAAAAGAACUAUAGACUGUGGAAUGCAGUUUAAAGAUAACAUAUGCCAACAAAUGCCUUGUAUUAUAUGGCACUGCCGUAAUUCAGAUUUGUUUUCUUUUGGAAAUAAAGGUCACUGUAUUUUUUUUUUUCCAUUCUCAUUGUUACAUGGUUUUAGAGAAAAUGAAAAAGAAAAUGUGAAACACAAUUUAGUCCUCAUUAUUUAUUUGUAGAUCCUGCAGCAUCAUGUUGUAAUUAAUUUUUUUGGAAGUUUCCGUUAAAUGUAAUAUUGCUUCUCUUGUUACCAUACUGAUUUUUUUUUUUCUAUUUAUAAAUGUAUUUUGAUGGGCAGUAAAACAAAGUGUCUUAAAAGUUUUAAAUAGAGAAAAUGUGCUUUACACAGUUGCCUAUAAAAAGUGCUCUAUGUUAUCCAAGCAAUUCAUACUAUAAGCUUCACUCUUAUUGUUGUAUGCAAUUUUUACUAUCAUGCAAAUAAGCUUAGGUAAAUAAAACUAAUAGAUCACCUUAGAAACUUAUGCAAUUAAUGUGAAAAUAAUUGAUGUUUGCAAUGUGUCUUCCUUUGGUUUACAAUCAAUUUUAAAGCUACAGCUGUAUAAAUUUUCUGUAUAAAGGUGUAUUUCUUUUUUAUGAGUUUAUUGCUAUGAAAACACCAGUUAUUUUGUUACAGCUGGCUGUUUUUAUAAGUGUAUCACAAUUUUCUUUAUGCAGAAAUGUUCUGACUAGGAGUGGUUAUUGACUGUAACUACACAAUUAAAAUUGUUUGUAUGGUAUGAUA